AUGAGCGAUGGCGAGAUGAUGAAGCGAGGCUCGUUUGACAGCUCGGUGGAGACCAACGACGGCGGUCUGGUGGUGAACAGGGAGGUGAUCCACAAGGCGGUGAACUCGGAGCCGCCCAACAACUCCACGCCCAUGUACAUGAUGGGCGUGAACCACGAGGAGUACGAUGGAUCGGCGCCCGUGGUGUGGAACGCGUCGUGCUCGAAGCGGAUGCUUCUCGUGGUGCUGUUGGCGCUGGUGCCACCGUUGGCGCUGGGGGCUUCGGAGGUGGCACUGGCGGUCUUGGCCGAGCGGGUGGUCUCAGUGGUGUCGACUUUCGAAGCCGGCCAGUCAAGAGUGCCAGCAUCGUGA